AUGACUUUUCGGAAGGUUUGUGCUUGCAACACCAAUUGCUGCAAUGCAUUUGUGGUUCCAGCUUGUUCUGGUAACUAUAAAGGACUUACAGAAGACAUAGGCUGUUCUUAUACUGUUGUCACGAACCGCACUGAAUGUUGCCAAGGAUUGGAGCAAGAUAUUACAAGUAGAAUUUUAGCAGGUUGUGUUGACACAGUUUCUGCUCGUGUUGGAGUCUCGGGUACUUUUCACGGCUCUAUUGACGUCCAAGCUACAUUGAGACUUGUUUACCAAAAUGCAGAAACAAGCUAUUUAUUUAUUUCAAAAAAACCUGUUACGAAAGAGGGUUGGCAAGUGUUGGAGGGUUCAUUUUCACUAUCAACUAUGCCCGAUCAAGUUGUCUUUUAUCUCGAGGAACCUUCACCUGAAUCUGACCUGCUCACAAAAUCAGUGAUCAUCACUUGCCCCAACCCAACUGAUUAUGAAUUUCACCCGCUGCGAAGGAGUGAAUGCCCCUGUGGCUGCUACAUCAAGAAGAGGGAUCUCACUGAUCGUGAAAAGAUUGAGCAUUUGCACUAUUUGAUUAUCACGCUCCUUCCCUUUCUAAAAGAAAUCCAUCACGAACAAAUUCAGGAGUUAGAAACGGAGUCUUCUAUUCGUGGAAUGCAUCUGAGUUUUAAAAACAAGACAUUGAAUCUGAUGAAUUUUGCAUUGAUAAAUAGUUUUUACCACAGGGGUAUUUUAUCUUCAGUUGAAAUUAAACAAUCACUUUGUCAUAAUGAUGAGCGAGUUUACUGCAACAACUGCUCAACUUUAAUAGUCCAUCUUCAUCGGAGUUGCCCAGAUUGCUCAUAUGAGCAAUGUCUAAGCUGCUGCCACGAGCUUCGGAGAGGCAUGUUUCCAGGAAAUAGUUGUAAAGCAGUUUACAAAUAUUCAGAUAGAGGCUGUGAUUACAUGCACGGUGGAGAGCCACUUCCUGAAAGUUUUCAUAAUAUGAAAAUUCCACAGGACCAGAACAAACCAAUUUCUUGGGUUGCUAAUUGUGAUGGUUAUAUCAUUUGUGCUCCUGUCGAAAUGGGUGGAUGUGAAAAAUGCGUUUUAGAGCCCAAGCAUCUAUUAACAAGAAACUGGAUAUCAACCUUGAAUGCAAAAGCAGAAAGGAUUCUGAUUCAAUGCAAUUUUUCCUAGAUGAUUUCCCAGCCAAUUUGUAGAACAGAUGACCCUGAACUGUUACACAAGGCGGCUUCAAGAGUUGGUUCCGAUGAUAACUGCUUAUAUUCCACUACUGCAAAGGACGCUACAGAGGAUGAUGCACUUCUACACUUCCGUAGACACUGGGCCAAGGGUAAACCGGUGAUUGUAUGAAAUGUGCUUGAGCAUACAAGCGGUUUAAGCUGGGAACCAAUGGUUAUGUGGCGUAAGAAGAAACAGAAGUUCACUGUAAGUGGUAUUUUAUACACUCUGUUUUAUCAUAAUAGUAUUCAUAAUAUAUUGUGUUAAUAACUUUAAUAGUAUUAUCAUGCUAUAACAUUAAGGGAUCGUUUGGUAGAGAGAUAGGACAACUUUUAUCUGAUGGAUUGGAUAUCCCAUGGGAUAAGUUAUUCCAUAUCAAUGUAAUGUAAAUGGUAGGAUGUUACAAUAAAAAUUUUGGACAUGGAGAAAGCUGUGAUGGGGAAGUAUAUUUUUCUUGCAUCCUAUGUCAGGAACAUUUUCCCUAUCCCUCCACCAAAUAAGUCCUAAUAGUAUUAUUGUAGCUAUAAAUAACAACUUUAUGUGUGUAUUUACUUGGAAA